UAUAAAAAAAAAUUAAAACUCCAACACUCUUUGAGAAAAAAUCACAUAAAUUUAAAUUCCAAAAGUAACGUGAAAAAAUUUCAAAAUUCUGUCCUCAUUGUGGCCAGCUCCAGACCAACUUGUUGGUAAACUGGAGCCCAAACUGAACAACUCCAACCCCAGUGCUUCUGCCAAGUUUAAAAUAACAUUGGUGCGAAACGGUGUUGGUGAGACGAACGAACGUUCCACACCCUCCACAACACCGCCGCUUUCACCGCAGGCCUCAAUCGGCAAUAAUCUCUACAAUAUGGUUGAGACCAACUCACCGCCCUCUGGAUUAACAAUUAAACGCUGUCCCUCCUCUAGUCCGCUGCAUGAAACCCAGCAGCAGCAACAACAACAAAUGGCGCCCCAUAUCAUACAACACCAACAUCAGCAGGUGCAAUUGCAUUUGCAACAGCAACAACUUCAAUUGGCCCAACUGCAACAGCAACAACAAAAUACAAAUCGCACAAGAUCACCCAGCGAUACUGCGGUCGGUUCCGUCGGGACCAUUAACACCUCCUCCGCCGCCUCAAAUACCACACCCAAUGCUGCCUAUCUAACCACUGCCAUGCUUUUAAAUUCUCAGCAAUGUGGCUAUUUGGGGCAAAGGCUGCAAUCGGUCUUCCAACAGCAACAACAACAUCACAUUACCCAAUCUCAAACGCCCUCCUCGGACGAUGGAUCCCAGUCGGGUAACACCGUCAUCUUGGAUGAUGAUCAUUCCCCUCAUCAUCACCACCCUUCUCAGCGGCUAACACGUGAUACUAACUCCGCCGCCGCCUCAGCGGUACAAACGGCUGCCGCUGCCUCCAUUUUUAGUAUUGACAGUAUUUUGGGUUCAAGAUCCAUGCAAAAUUCAAGCAACAAUACCAAUAAUAAUAACAACAAUAACAAUACCAGUCUCAACAACAACAAUCAUAUCAUUAAACGUAACACCGAAUCACCCACCUCACCCAGUUCAAAUUCCAGCUCGGCCGCCUCAAGCCCCCUGAGGCCACAACGUGUACCCGCCAUGCUGCAACAUCCCGGCCUACAUUUGGGCCAUUUGGCAGCAGCAGCGGCAACGGGUUUUGCCGCAGCCUCACCUUCGGAUUUUUUGGUUGCCUAUCCCAACUUCUAUCCCAAUUAUAUGCAUGCCGCCGCCGUGGCUCAUGUUGCGGCCGCCCAAAUGCAGGCUCAUGUCACGGGUCAUGGCGGGGCAGCAGGAUUGACGGGCCACCAACAUCAUGCUGGUGCCCAUCAUCAUCUACAUCAUGCUGGACAUCAUCAUGCCGGCCAUCAUCAUCACCACCACAUGGCUGCCCAUUUGGGCCAUGGACCACCACCGAAACGAAAGCGCCGUCAUCGUACAAUUUUCACCGAAGAACAAUUGGAACAAUUGGAGGCGACUUUUGAAAAGACCCACUAUCCGGAUGUGGUGCUGCGUGAGCAGUUGGCACUAAAGGUGGAUCUCAAGGAGGAAAGAGUUGAGGUUUGGUUCAAAAAUCGUCGGGCCAAAUGGCGUAAGCAGAAACGUGAAGAGCAAGAGCGUUUGCGCAAACUGCAAGAAGAACAAUGUAAUGGUGUCCCUGCCUCGGUGAACAGCAACGCCAAUGGUGUUGUAAAUCUCAAAUGUACUCCCGACGAUUUUGUGACGCAACUGCACAUAAAACCCGAUCCCAACUAUAGUGAUGGUGAUGAAUCCGAUUUGGAAGUGGCAUAAAUGGGCAAUCUAGUUAAAAAAUGUUUUAAAUAUUAAAUUAUGUAAAUAUAGAUAAAACUGGAAAUAUGUGAAUUUCAAAAUUUUUAUAAACAGUCUCUUCUCCUCCACCACACCACCUCACUUUUUCCUAGAUACUCAUUACUGUGUCAUUUAAACUUGUAAAAAAAUUGCUAAUAUUUAUUUUGUAAAUAACAGUUAUUUUUAAGUUUGUUGUUCGUUUAAGCACCAACCACUGUAUG